AAUUAAUUUCCAUGAUCUGACAUGUUUCUAUUUUUUUGGAAAGGAGACUAGACGUGGCCGGCAGUCGACAGACUCAGUAACUGGUAUUGUGUGGUGCGUGUCGAUCUUGGGCCUUAGUGUCUCGUCAAGCAAAAGAGUAUCUUUCAGUGGAGCUUCUAGCCGUUCCGUUUGAAGCAUGAUUUCUAAUCGACUCCUUUCCGAGAAUUGGAGGUUGCAUGGCCGUCGAUUUAUUAGAUCGUGUCAUGAGCUUAUCAAGCUUCCCCGGUGUUUUAUGGAUAUUAGGGUUGAGGAAGAACAACUUGGUCGCGUUGUGAUUGAGCUAAGGCCCGAUGUCGUACCAAAGACGGCUGAGAACUUCAGGGCACUCUGCACUGGCGAGAAGGGUCUUACUUACAAGGGAACUCCUUUUCACAGAGUCAUUCCUGACUUUAUUGUCCAGGGAGGUGACGUCAUGCAUGGCGAGGGCCACAGGUCCAUCUAUGGGAAAUACUUCUUUGAUGAAAACUUCAAGCUGGAGCAUGAUGAGGCAGGUGUUGUAAGCAUGGCGAACAGUGGACCGGACACGAAUUCCAGUCAGUUCUUUAUCACAGUAGAUGUGGCUGGCUGGCUAGAUGGCAAAAGUGUCGUGUUUGGAAAAGUUACGGAAGGGCUACCGAUCGUGCAGAGGAUUGCCCGUGAUUUCGGCACUAGUGGCGGUACGCCAAAGAUGAACAUUGUAGUUGCUGACUGCGGGGAACUCCUCAGCUAGCAUGGAAACUCACUGACUACUCAUGUUGGAACCGUGUGCUCUUGUUCGUCAUUGCCUUGACUCUUGGCUACAUACAUGUACAUCGGUGGGCACCGGACCAUGGUAUAGUGCAGGCAGGGUUUAUGCGCCCGUGCACUAGCAACACCAUGCCGGCGGCGUGUUUCAAACACCGCUUGGUGCACAUGCUACACUGGUGGUACGGAUACCUGACUGCCCAAUCAUGAAUGUAGCCACCCACCCACCCUGCUCUGCGCCAUUGCACUUUACAGCUUCGAUUUGUUCCGUUUAGCCUCGCGGUGUUUACAAGGGACACAUGUUACGGGUAAAGCGGUCAUCAACGAGCAGGUUCUCACAUCUACACAAGUGCACAGUGGGCAAAGCUCUCACGCAAGCCGGCGAAAGAUGGUGCAUGGUCUGAUUGGUCUCCACUCUCAACGGAUUCUGAUACGUGUAUUCUAAUGCCGGUGUAAGCUCAUUGCGAACAGUUGCAAAUAUGCAAGACUGCAAAUGGACUCUA